AAUAACCGGUUGUCUGGUUUGCAAAUUAUCUCGUUCUGGAUUUUGCAAGAUGACCAGUCACGUGACCUCAAACCUGUCUGAUCCGCCCACUUCCGGGAUGCGCCGCUCGAAUGACUGACCGGUCACUACAUGCACAGCGGUGCCUUCACUGAAAUUCUCUUCUGUUUCUCUCUUCUUUCUCUCAUGGAAGAAAAGAAAGAAACAAACGACAAUCAGCAACAUUCGUUUUUUUCCGUUAACUUCUCAGACUCCAGCUUCGAGAACAAUCCAGAGCCUGUAGGGCGACUACAUUUCGAUUCAUUCAAUGAAUUCCCGCCAGAACAUCAAAAUAACUUGGAACUGCUCGACUGUCAAGAUUCGUUGCCGCCAGCAAAGAAACUGAAGUCGAUAUCAAACGACCCGCCGGAUACGAAAGAAGACGGAUUCUUGGAAUCAGAAUUAGCGACUCUCAUUCAGGGACUUGGAGACAUCUCACGAGACUUAUACUUCAAGUUAUCCUCUCAGUUCUCUGACUGCGAUUUGUAUGAGAAUCUCUGUCCUAAACAACUGGACGAGAUCAUCCAAGAUGCCUUAGCAUACGAAGAAACGCUCAAACAGCAGAAAACGCGACUUGUUACACGACUGGAGCAACUGUCGAAGACUCUGCAGCCUCAGUGA